AAUGUUCCCUCUAGAGUCAACAGAGGUUUAGACAAUAGACGAUCUUUGCUUCAGUGUUCCGCCUCUCGUUUCGUCCGUAAAAUAAACUUUAAAAGUGUGAAAAUAAAACACAUGUAUACUUUGUACACACAUUAACAAACGAUACUAAAAUCUAAGUUUCGUAAAUCUAAUAAAUAUUUAAUAAUAAAAACAAAAAAUAAAUGAAGUUCCUAGCUGGCUUGUUUCUGGUCGGUCCCUUUCCGCGGACGGACUGAAUCCAACAUGGCCGCCGCUGACCGACGCGGAGCCGCGACCGCCGGAGCCGCGGAACACGAAGCAGAAGCGAAGCUGCGGAUGUUGAAAGGCGCCGCCUUCCUCACCGCGGUGGCUUCUGGGGGAUUGGUGGCGGGGUUCGGCUCCUCGCUGGCGCUGGCCAAGAAACAUGACCCGGCGUGGUUCAGCAAGGGCGUGGCGGCGUCGGCGCCGGAGGGCGGGGCCUCCGUGGCCCUGCGGGCCCUGGGCUGGGGCUCCCUGCUGGCCUGGGGGGGCGUGGCUCUGCUCAGCCUCUCCGUGUGGAGAGCUCUCGGAGUUCACAGCUUAUCGGAGUUCAGACUCAAGAUGCAGUCGCUCUUCCCCAAAAUCCCAAAGACCCCCGAGGCUGCUGGAUCAGAACCUCUGGACUGGGACUCAGUCUUCAAGUCAAAGUGACCCCAUGGUUCAGGACCAGGACUCUGACCUCCUGCUGGGGGCCGAAUCCUCUGGACCCGUCUGACUCCCAGCAGUCCUCCUGGAACCAGAACCGGGAACAUGUGGUCACCGUGUUCUUCUUCUGUGGUUUUAGAAGCGGGGACUCCAUUAAAGGUGUUCUGUUCCCAAUACGAAAUGUAUAAUAAUAAAUAUAUUCAUCCGGA